UUCUCUCAUCAGUGUUUAACGUUUGUUGUUGUUGUUCUCUAGAAUCGGAAGCUAGAUUCUGCACGAAUCGAUCGGAAACAAUGGCGGACGAACACAAGCACGAAGAAUCUCUCCCUAAUUUGGAUCCGGCGGUGGAAGUUGUGGAGAGAGGAUCGUUGAUGGACAAAAUAUCUGAGAAGAUCCACCACAAAGGUGGCUCGUCGUCGUCAUCAGAUGACGAGAGUGAGAAGAAGCCGUCGUCUCCGUCGUCUCUGAAAUCGAAGGUUUACCGUCUGUUCGGCAGGGAGAGGCCUGUUCAUAAGGUUCUCGGUGGCGGAAAACCGGCUGAUAUAUUCAUGUGGAAGAACAAGAAGAUGUCAGGUGGUGUGCUUGGUGGUGCCACAGUAGCCUGGGUGCUCUUUGAACUCAUGGAGUAUCAUCUUCUCACUCUGCUGUGUCACGUUAUGAUCGUCGCUCUCGCUGUGUUGUUUCUAUGGUCUAAUGCCACCAUGUUCAUUCACAAGUCUCCACCAAAGAUUCCUGAAGUACAUAUCCCUGAGGACCCGCUUCUCCAGCUUGCAUCUGGGCUCAGAAUCGAAAUCAACCGUGGGUUCUCCUCUCUUCACGAGAUUGCAUCUGGAAGGGAUCUCAAGAAAUUCCUCUCUGCUCUGUUCGGGUUGUGGAUUCUAUCAAUCUUGGGUGGAUGUUGUAGUUUCUUGACUUUGGCAUACAUAGCUUUGGUUCUACUUUUCACUGUUCCUCUUGUCUACGACAAGUACGAAGACAAAGUAGACUCAUAUGGUGAGAAAGCAAUGGCUGAGUUGAAGAAGCAAUAUGCUGUGUUGGACGCAAAGGUAUUGAGCAAAAUCCCAAGGGGGCCAUUGAAGGACAAGAAGAAGGAUUAAGAGUUUUUUUCGUGUUUUCUACUCUUUUCUUUUGCAUGCAUGUGCACAGUGCUCUGGUUUUUAAAUGUGGGUUGUGUUGUGAAAUGGUAGUCUAAAAGUUAUGAUAGAUCUCAUCUCGUUGUUCGCGAUUUUACUUGUAAACUGCUGUUUUUCUAUAACUUUAUUUUGUGUUUGUGCUAUUGGUGGGUGUUGUGGCAUGAGAACAAAACUUGUAGUUGACCUCUUGCUAUAUAAAUAUUUGUGUCUUCUUCACCAA